UCACAGACACAGCUGGGAGCAGGACUCCUUCCACUAUUACAACUACUCGGAUUCAAGCUUUCAACUGGGAUUCGGCAAAAAAAAGGCAAAGACAACAACAUAGCAAAGAGAAAGAUUUUGAAGACAGGAGGUUUUGGAUCAGCCAAUACUGACCAGCAGACAGCCUGUAGAAGGACAGGAGGCCAACCAUCUCAGUGCUUGAAAUAUCUGCAGCAGACUCUAUAAGUGCAGCCUGCUUUUACUUCUCAAGAGUGUUCCUCAAUCAGUGAACAAUCUUCAUCAGCUCAAGAUGGCCCAGAACAUGAAUGCGAUCCAACAAUCAAGUGUUACUCAGAAUCUGCAGAAUGAUUUUCUACCACCACCUCCAUCACCUGCCAUACCUGAUGCUACUGUCAAGCCAAACGUCACAGUGGAAGAUCACCCACAAAACAUACCACCCCCUCCACAGCAAGCCUUCUUCAGACUUCACCAGCAACGCCAAAUUAAUGAACUGAAGAGGCUUUAUAAGCACAUGCACCCAGAGCUGAGGAAAAACCUACAGAAGGUGGUCAAUGAGGACUGGGCUGAGGUGUUGAAUGCCGAACAGGCAGCAGCUGCCUUAGCAACUGGUACACAUGGCAUUGGCAACACCGUGCUUCAGACUGAGGUCCAGUCUAUGCGCUGGAUAUUUGACAACUGGCCUUUGGACACCAUUGGGGAUCACCAAGGGCCUAAGAAGCUGAAAGACGAAGAGACCAUUCUCAGCGGAGAUGUGAAAAGCACAUCUUGGAAGUUUGAAAACCAGACAAUUAAUGAUAUCAGCGCCCAGUAUUCAGAAUUUUCUGGAAACUCCAAUGAUGGAAAAGAGCAAACAAAGGGUGAUGUUCGCACAGCAUUGUGGUUGUUUGAAACUCAGCCUAUGGAUUCCUUGAAUAAAAUCUACUCCAAUGAGAAUGAUCUCCAAGAAGCAGUUCUAAAAGAAUCUAUAUGGAAAGGAGAUGUAAAAGGGGCAAAAUUACUAUUUGAGACCCAUGCAUUAGGUGAUUUGGGACGUAGCAACUCCGUGGAAGAAAACAGCAUAUUGCAACUGCGCUCAGAAAUUCAGGAACUGAAAGGCGAUGUCAGCAAGACAGUGAAGUUAUUUGAGACUGAACCAUUAUGUGCCAUUCGAGAUCCUGUUGGGAACAUCCACCAAAUUAAGUCUAUCUGCAGGGAGGAAAUCCAACAGAGCGGUAACGUCCAAAGUGCUCGUUGGUUGUUUGAAACUCAACCCCUGGGCAGCAUUAACCAAGAUCUUUCAAGAGUAAAGAUCAUUCGAGGCAUUUCCCUGGAAGAGACUCAACAAGGUGGUGUUGGCAGGAAAAGAUGGCUCUUUGAAACACAGGCAUUGGAUGCCAUCAAUGAGCAGAGCGAGGAGUCAAAUUGCAAGGCCAGUAUUAAAGUGAUAGAAGAUGGGGAUGUCAAUAAGAAGUGUUGGCUCUUUGAAACUCAACCUCUUGAUACAUUAAAGGAAAUCCCAUCUGAAGAACUCACCAAAGAACAAAUAAUUGGAGGUGAUGUGAGCAGCAGUCUUUGGUUGUUUGAAACACAGCCUAUGGAAAGCUUGAGGGACAGUUUUGAGGUUGGCCACUUGAAGAGAGUCAUGACAGAAGAAGAGAAGGGAAAUGUGAAAGAAAGAGCUCAUAUGUUUGAAAGUUGCUGUCUGGACAGUAUUAACAAAGAGCAAAGUGAAAUCUCCAAUAUCAACAAGACAUUGGAAGUACAGAAAGGAGAUGUCAAAACUUAUAAAUCUCUCUUUGAAACUCUACCUCUUCAUAGUUUCAAAAAAUCAGAUGAAAUCUCUGCUGAGAAGCAAGCUGAAGUGUUGGCUGGACACGUAAAUGAGAACAGAGCUCUUUUUGAGACCACCCCUCUUUAUGCUAUCAUGGACAGUGCUGGUCACUGCCAUCAAGUCAAGACAGUAAGUCGAGAACAAGUUGCUAGUGGUGAUGUCAAACAUUAUAGAUGGAUGUUUGAAACCCGUCGUUUGGAUCAGUUUGAUGAAGAAACACAAAGCGUGGAAUUAGUUAAAGGCAUCACCAAAGAGGAGAUCCGUGCUGGCAAUAUGGAGACAACCCGAUGGCUUUUUGAGACACAGCCUCUUGAUGUCAUACAUGCCAGCAUAAAUAAAACACAGAUUCAAAGCCCCGACCACAAAGAUGUGAUAAAAGGUGAUGUAAACACAUGUAGAUGGCUGUUUGAAACACAGCCGAUGGAUGCUUUGUAUGAAAAAUUAGAGACCAAGCAAGAGGAUGAAGCCCAACUAAAAGGUGAUGUCAAAUCGUACACAUGGCUUUUUGAAACACAAGCAUUGGAUAGUAUCAAUGAAAAAGGAGAACAGCAGCUUAAAGUCUUCAAUGCAAACAGCGAUGACGUUAAAGGGGUAGAUGUGAAGACCACAAAACAUCUUUUUGAAACUGAACAAAUUGGCAACAUCCCUGGCGGGUUGGAUGAGGCACAGAAUAUGAGAUACACAAGUGAGGUGGACAUUCAGUCAGGGAAUGUAUCGAGAGUGAAAGAAAUCUUUCAAAGCACCUCACUUAAUGAAAUAGGUGACGUUGAAAAUGUAAACAGCACCAAAUCCAAGCCAAUGGAUGCCCCACAGUCGGGGUCAGGUUGUGUACACAAGUUCACAUGGCUGUUUGAAAACUGCCCAAUUGACUCCAUUAAAGAAAUGACAGAAGAAGACACACCCAAAAAUACAAUCACUGAAGUAAAGGGAGGUGAUGUUGGUGGCAAACGAUUUGUUUUUGAGACCUGCUCAUUGGAUCAGAUAAAAGAUAAAACUGAUAUAAUGGAUUUCAGUUCAAGGAAGGAAGAGUCAGUUGCCAAGGGAGAUGUGAAAUCAUGCACCAUGCUCUUUGAAUCUCAGCCCCUUUAUGCAAUCCGAGACAAGGAAGGCCAAUAUCAUGAAGUUACUACAGCAACAAAGGAGGAAAUCAUGAGGGGAGAUGUAAGGGGUACUAGAUGGCUCUUUGAAACCAAACCAUUGGAUUCAAUCAAGCCACUGGAUGAGGUGUUUGUACUCAGAGCUGUCACGCAGGAGGAUGUGCAGCGGGGAGAUGUGACGGCGGCUCGAUGGAAAUUUGAGACCCAACCUUUGGAUUCAAUCAAAGAUGAAGCACAACCAGGAAUUAAAGUGGUGGACGAAGUCCAAGGGGGAAACGUGCAAGCAAGUAAGCAACUCUUUGAAGGGCAGCAGGUAAACCGCAAGUAUGUAAGGAUGGUCAGUGUCAGUGAUGUGCAGAGUGGAGAUGUCAGGACAUCAACUUGGCUCUUUGAAAAUCUCCCCAUUGAUUCCUUGAAAGGAGCAGCUGAAGAAAGUACAUGUGCAAACACUGUCCACAGAGAAGAUGUACAGAAGGGAGAUGUGAAAAGGUGCACCUGGUUGUUUGAGUCCCAACCAUUGGACAGCUUAAAAGAUUCAGACACUUCAAUGAAAAAUGAAGCUAAAGAAAGAGUACCAGAUGCUGAUGUGAAGACUACAACAUGGUUGUUUGAAACAACUCCACUGGACACAUUCAUUCGUGCUCAAUGCAGCACUGAAAGCACUGUUAAGGCAGAGCAAAGUGUCCAGACAAGCUUACAGACUCUAUACAACUGUAAUGCCAUUACAUCAAGGGGACUUCUCAUUGAAUCAAGUGAGGCAGGUGUUCUAAAAAUGGCCAAAUAUCAACUAAUGCAUGAGAAUGGUCCACACAUUCUAAAGGAAGAAGUUAUUGGUGGUAUUUUACAGAGAAUUCUGUGGCAGUUGCUUCAGAAAAAGGAAUCCCUCCAUCCUGAAGGGAUUGUGCUGAAGGAAGAUGGAAGUGGGAGAAUAUUUUCACAUAAAGUUCAGCUAUUCUCUCACUCUGAAGGUGGGGUUAAGAAAGAUGGAGACAUCGCUAAUGAAAUUUAUAACCUUCUCAAUCAAGACAGUAAAGUCAAAAAAGGGAUUUUGAUUCAGGAAACUGAAAGCGAAAUUGCUCAGAUAACUGUUUAUUUGCUGAUUAAUCAACAACAGAGUGAAGAAGUUGAAAAAGAGGUGAUCAAAGGAGAUGUAAAAUCCACCAUUGAUAGUCUUCUUGCUUCUACCAAGCAGCAAACGACAUCGACGACGGUAAGACGUGAGGAGACCGAGAAAGGGAAUGUCCAACUGUACACUACAUGCAUUGAAUCAGGGACAUUAGAUUAUCUCAAGAGGGAUCAAGAGGAAACUGAUGAUUCUCCAGUUUCAGCCCAGAAAGAGGAGAUUGUACCUGGUGAUGUAGAGGGUGCCAAAAGGAAUUUGAAACAGAGUGGAGGACAAAUUGAAAGGACUGUUGAUGACAUUGUACCAGGAGAUGUCAAAGGAACCAAGAAGUACUUCUUAACUGAACCACAAACUUUCCACGAUAAUGCUCAGAAAGAAGAUAUUUUAGGUAAUAAUAGCAAUUCUGUUCAUCAGUCCCUGGGGCAGGCUGCAAAUCAGUCCAUUGGGUUGGAAAAAGUAGAGCUUGUUACUGGUGAUUAUAAGACUCCACCACAGUCAGUGAAGAAUGCAAAGUAUCAAACAAGACAGCUGGAUAGGGAAGACACUGUCUCUCAUAACACAAAAGACACUCUGGAUGCACUGCAAGAAUCUACAAGUGAUAGGAAUGGGAUGAGAAUCGGACAACAUUCCGAACCUUCUGUUUACUCACUGGGUAGUGCCUCCCUCGCAGUGUCAGAGGGGAGGACAGAAAAUGCCACAGAUCGGGACCUUCAAGUCGCAAUGGAAAACCUUAGAGAGGUUACAGCUGAAGCACAGACUACCCAACACAAAUCCAGCACACGAGAACAGUUCAAGAGUAGCACACAAAGCUCAGCAGCAUUUCAACAAUGUCAUCAAGUUACUCAGUACAAGACCUCAGCAGAAAAGGUGAAGAAAAACGUACGAAUAUCCACACAGCCACAAGGCAGCAUGAUGCCGAGGCAUCGGACAAGCACCCAAGUGACUGUCACUCAACCCCAGCAGCUGAAGGGUCAGGAAAAUACUCAACAGGUCAGUGCGUAUGAGGGACAAGGACAUGUUCUGUCAAAUUCGGCUUAUUCUAAUGAAGGUCAGAAAGGUGAACAUUUAACAAAAUUAGUUAACAAUGGCAGAGCCAAAAUAGGAGCUACUUCAGAACACAUGCAGAUUCUUGGUCAGUACUCGCUCACCAACUUAGUGGCGGAAGAUUGGGCAGUGGCAGAUCAGGAGAUAAUUGCCAAGGGAGACGUAAAGUCAACCAUACAGUCCUUAAAGCAUUCAGUGGCAGAGCAGAAGUCUGUCGAGAGAGAGGAAGUGGUUCGAGGUAACUUGGAGGCAGCUCUCCAUUCUCUGGGAAAAGCUAAUAUGAAUGUUUCCAAAGGUGAUUUUAAAACUGCCAUGAUAUAUAGAAAUGCAGGCCAGUCACAUUCAAGGGACAAAAUGAAGAGUGGUGUUAGAACUGAUUGUAAUCGGGUUUCGCUAUCACAAUCUGACACUGAGUUUCCUCCUCCAGUUGCAGUGACAGAGCGGCCUGCACAAUCGAGUGAAGCUUGUGGCCAACCAUUUGUGGUGGGCAGCCCCUUUCCCCGCAACCAGUUUGAGUCUGCUGCCGUGAAAAAGCCAGUGACUUCUCAGUAUCCUCCACCUCUUCCACCCAAGACCCACGAAAGAAAGAACAUCUCAUCUAAACCAUCGAUUGCACCAAAACCAAACACAGUACCUGCUCGGCCAAUGCAGGGAGGCAAACCCAUUCCACCUCCCAAGCCAGAACAUUUGACAUCAAUCCAUUCUUCCGCAAGUCCAACUAAUCCGCCAAAGAACUAUGCAUCAGCCAUGCCAAAACCCAACCCAUUGCUUUCAGCAGAAUGCAACUCACCAAAGUUUAUGCCUCCAGGAAAAUCUGGCAGAGUAUCAAUUCCUACAGGAGCUGUCCAUCCAUCAGACUGUCAAAUUGUUCAACAGGAAAGGCACUGUGAGCAAUCUCUAUUGGAGCAAACAUCCAGCACAAUGGCAUCUUACACCAAAGCAACGAGAACUCCUUUGCAGUUGGCAGAAGAGAAAUACAAACAAACAAAGGAAGGACACAGCAAGCCAACUGACAGGGUAACCGACCCUGUAGAAAACAUGGCAUUACAGGGAAUGAGCCAACAGUGUGGAGAAAACACCUCUGGAAGGCAUGUUGAGGCUGGUGGCUCACUGAAAAUGGAACAAGAAACUGUACCAAAGGAACUGACUGCUGCAGAAGCCCUUCAGGGAUUCCAAAGUUCACAUUCACAGCAAAGCACAAGGAGUGCUGAAAUGUUUCAGGAAUUUAAAGAUGCCCUUUACACUUCUGGAACCCAGGACAAACAAAGCUGUCCUCAAAAUAACAAGGCUAACAGCUGGAAAGAGGAUGUGAGAUCGGCAGAGAAUACGUCUGCUUUACCAAAAGGAAUUGAAGUGGCCCAAGCAGAAACCUCAGCUCCUGGUAAGGCACAAAAGAGUUACCUGGAGCCUCAGCCAAGCCCAGAGUUAUAUCCACAGCAAUCAGUCAAAGUGUCCUUUGAACAAAAGCAACCCCAGAGUGGCCAGUGCCACAGAUGCAUAGGCCAGCAUGGCUUCAGUAAACAGGCAGCAGCUACAAAUCGCCAACAAGAACAAUUUCACACAGAGCAGCAGCACACCCCACAACCAGACACAGUCGUAAUGCGAGGUAACCGGCAGCAAGGGCAAGAGACUGAAGAUGAUCGCAGGAAGAGGUUAUCAGUUCACAAAGAGGAAAUAAUGCGAGGGAAUGUGAAGGCGGUGAUGGAGAUAUUUGAAAAUCUGAGGAAACAAGAAGAACUGCAGAAGAUCUUGUCUCAGGUGAAAGAGUUCGAAGAGGAGACUUUUAAAGUAGAUGUGAAAGGUCUGAAAAGUUUGUUUGAGAACGUGCCUGAAUGGGUGGUGCCUAAGAAUAAAGUGACUAAGCAAUUGAAACCAGUUGAUCGUCAAAAGAAUGAAAUGCAGAAGCAGCCUAAAGUAGCCAAAGAUGAGUUGGAAAGCCUGUCCUCCAUGGAGCUUGUGUUUGAAGACCUUGAAAGGGCGAGUAUGGAAAUCAUUUACCUGAAAGAGCAAACACUGGCAAAGCUCUUACAGAUCGAAGAGUCAAUUAAAAAGGCUCUGUAUUCUGUUUCCAACUUGAAAUCAGAAUCUGAUAUUGCAGGACUCUCUGGCCUUUUUCGGGAGUCACUAGGGGUUGUGUCAAGCCCCCCAUCUGGAAACAUUAAGAAGAUCAGUCUGGUCUCUAGCAAAUCAAAUGCAGAAAAAGCCAAGGAACUUAAAGAGGAUCAAGUUAGAAAAGAAGAGUUAAACAAUUCAGAGAAACAAGUGAAUCCAUUGUUAAGUAUUCCAGCUGUUCCAGCCCGUGUGAGCACUCCAUCGUCUCCUUCCUAUAUUUCCAUUGAAUCAGCAGCUAGAAAACCGACAGAUUCUUUACAAAACAACGCAUCAGUUACACCAACAGAGGGCAUGUGCAUUUCUCCUGCUCCUCAAAACCAGAACAUUGCACCUCCAUCCCCAAAAGGAACAACCUAUAACCUUGAGAAUCCAGUUUGUUGCAAUGGACACCAAAGUGGUGGAGCUGAGAAGGCAAAGCAUGAGUCUGUUGGCAGCAAGGAUUCAGUACUAAAAGACACCAAUGAGUUAAUUCAAACCAAGAACAGAAAUGGAAACAAUAUUGCCAAUAUCAAUGACAGUGCACUCAACACAUCCUCUGGCAAUAUCCCUUUAAGUGGAUUUAAAGGCAAUGUCUUUGACAGAAUUCAGACCCCAGUCCCACAGAGAAGCAAAAGUGUUGUAGAGUUCAAGACAGGGCCUGAAGGAGGUGAAAUUGUUGGUACGAAGACAAUCAUGGAAAAAUAUGAAGAGAUUGAUCGAUUUGGGAACAAAAUUAUCACAUCAAAAACUUCAACCACAGUCACAAAGCAAUCAGAGUCGAGGACCUCAUCAACAUAUGAGAUAGUUCAAGCGCCACCCAGGUAUGAAGUUGCUACUUCUCCCCUUAUGAGUAGGCACCUGCAGAGCCCAUCAAAACUAGCAGAAGAUUCGUACUCAAAUGCUAAGGAAAGCGGGAUGGUGUUUGUUUCCAUUGGCAAUCCCAAUUCAGUAAAGAAAUGUUAAAUAUUCGAGUCACACUGAGUUCCAUUAAAGUACAACCUACGACAUAGUGAACAAGAAGUAUAGAGCUGGGAAGGGAACAUCCAUGGAGUUGGAAAAUAAGAACCAAAAAAGGUGCUGCAAAUGUCCAGCAGGCCUGGUCAAUUUCCAAUGGAUGGGUCCGUAUAUCAUGUGUAGACCCAUUCUUCGGCGUCGAUUGGUGGAUGGAAGAGCCACAGUUAAUGGAGGACACACACAAAAAGUGCCAAACUCACUUAAUCUUUCAAGAAAAAAAAGAACAACAUGGAAUUUUGAAAUGAAGAUCUAAAUGUUCACAUCCCAUUAAUCAGUUUCUGAAAAGAGAAAGGAGGGUUUAUGUUGGAGAUGCAGAUGCUUUCCAGAAAUGAGCUUUGACUAACAGCCUAUAAUCACAAUGUUGACUAGCAUUUCCACAUGUUACUGCUCUUAGGAUGAUAUCUCAUUUGACAAUGUGGUUUUAGACUUCAUAGGGGAUCAUUUUAACUUUGGGCAACAGUGUACAAUGUGUUUUGUUGAAUUAGCCACUCAUUCUACAGCUCUGUUUACUUCUUUGACAUUGGAAUACAAAGUCUUGUAUUGGGGACAAUUCAACAUUGUCUGUUUCACAUUGUCACUCAAAGUUAAAAUCACCUCGGUUGUGUCAAACAUCUCCAGGAUUUCCUGAUUUUUAUUGACGAGUUGUAGUGUUGUGAUUGCAAUGUGAGUACAAUUUUGAAUCACUAUUUAAUUUUUAUCCUCAAAUUUCCUAUUUUAAUUCUACACC